AGCCUCCCGCAGCUCGUUUAUCUUUGCGUGCCCCCUAUAGACAACGCAAAGUGCUUUUGUUUAGUACCCGCUUAUAGUUUACUUUAAACGGCUUUGCCUGGUCGAGCAUAAUUGUCUAUCAAACAGUCGUGCCCCAGUAGUUGACCGGUAAAGAUGCUAACGAGUUCUAGACGCAAAGGACUCGGCAUGAAGCAAAUCUGCAUUCUAAUAUUAGUAGCUUUAGUAGCUGCUACUUACGCUGAGAGAUCAUUCAAGAUCGAUUAUGAACGUGAUACAUUCCUAAUGGAUGGAAAGCCAUUUAGAUUCGUUUCUGGCGCUUUUCAUUACUUCCGCGCUCUGCCGGGAUCUUGGCGUCAAAUUCUCCGAUCUAUUCGGGCCGCUGGACUAAAUGUAGUGGAGACGUACAUUGAAUGGUCAACCCAUGAGCCAACGGAAGGACAGUACACUUGGGACGGUAUUGCAAAUUUGGAGCAGUUCAUACAAAUAGCUCAGGAAGAAGAUUUGUACGUUAUUCUAAGGCCUGGACCGUACAUUUGCGCUGAACGAGACAUGGGAGGCUUCCCAUAUUGGCUUCACACCAAGUACCCAAAUAUCAAACUACGCACUUAUGAUUUAGAUUAUCUGCGAGAGGUUGAAAAAUGGUACAGCGUUCUGAUGCCACGGAUUCAAAAUCAUUUAUACCAGCGUGGAGGACCGGUUAUAAUGGUGUCCAUUGAAAAUGAGUAUGGAUCGUUCUCCGCAUGCGAUGGGCGAUAUUUGUCUUUUCUAAAGAAUUUAACAGGCAUUUACAUUCGGAAUGAAGCAGUGCUUUUUACCAAUGACGGGCCCGAUCAGCUGGCAUGUGGAAGGAUUCCAGGCGUACUGGCAACACUAGAUUUUGGAGCUGUUGGAAAUCCCGACAAUUACUGGCAGAAGCUACGCAAGUAUCAACCGAAAGGACCGUUGGUGAACGCUGAAUUUUAUCCAGGAUGGCUUACGCAUUGGAUGGAACCGCUGGCUCGGGUUGCCACCGGACCCGUGGUAUCUCAGUUGCGCAAAAUGCUUCAACAAGGAGCUAACGUCAACUUCUACAUGUUCCACGGUGGAACAAACUUUGCGUUCACGUCAGGGGCCAACGAUGGAGGACCUGGGCGGUUCAAUACCGAUAUCACGUCCUACGACUAUGAUGCGCCCUUGGAUGAAGCAGGCGAUCCUACGUCUAAGUAUUUUGCUAUUAGGGAUGCCGUCUUGGAGUUCCUUCCAGACCCCGGGGUACCUGUGCCCGGUAGGCUACCAAAAAUGAGUCUUCCACCGGUCCAGAUGAAUCGCCUAGGUACGCUUCUUUCAGAGCAAGCACGUCAAACACUGGCAAAGUAUUCGUUGUCCUCUCAGCGACCGUUAGGAUUUGAGGCACUCAAUCAACACUCUGGAUUGAUUCUGUAUGAAACUCAAAUACCUGGGUAUCUGCACAGUGAUCCAAUGACACUCAGGGUCGAUAUGCUGCACGAUCGAGCAUACGUCCAUGUCGAUAACAAAUUCGCUGGAAUUUUAUCGCGUGAAACUGCCACUUACACGUUACCGAUUCGACUUGGAUCAGGAUCCAAACUGCAGCUAGUGGUGGAGAAUCAAGGCCGAAUCAACUAUGGAAUUGCAAACGACAAAAAAGGCAUUCUGGGUGCAGUUACGCUAAACGGGAAUGAACUCCUAAACUGGAGCAUGACGGGCUUCCCACUGGAAGAUUACUCAUUGUUGGAAAAAUAUAUCGACCAGUUCAGUGGUUCGGAGGAUACUACCAGCUCGGUGAAAAUAUACCACGCAGAAUUCGAUAUUUCCAGCAGCAACAUCUACGAUACUUACUUUGAUCCGAGAGGAUGGGGCAAGGGAGUGGUUUUCAUCAAUGGAUUCAAUUUGGGACGGUAUUGGCCACUGGCAGGACCGCAAAUAACACUCUACGUUCCACGGCACAUUCUACGUCAAGGGAAGAAUACAAUCGUGGUGCUCGAAUAUGAGACGGACGUACCUCAAGGCACUGUCAUCAACUUUAGAGACCAAGCUAUUCUCGAUGGACGGUAGACAUUGAUAAUGGAACUUACUGUAUUUAAUGUCGAAGAACACGACCAUCAAUAACAUUCUACUUAAUUAGAUGUUUGAAAUGUCGGAAACCGAUAUAAGCACAGCCGGCUAACAGUGAGAUAAAUAAAACUUUGUUAAGAUAACUA